UUUGAGGGUAAUUUUGGAAAAUUUGGACAAAAAGUACAUUGAAAUGUGAGAACGAUACUUAUUUUGAAAUUUCUCUAUUUUGCUAAAACGACACUUAUUUUGGAACGAAGGGAGUAGGAUAUAUAGUAGUAUUAAAAUAAUCUUUUUCUUUUUUAAAGUCAUUUCUGUUAUAACCGCAUUUUAUUUGGGGUCUUGAACUGUUAAUGCAAAACACAUGACUGUGUGAGUGUGUGAAAAGAAAGGAAAGCAACCACCACCGGCACCGCCAUCCGCCAUGGCGGAGACGACGACGGAGGAAGAGAAAGCAAAAGUACUAAGAGCGAGAGCAAAAGCAGCGGAGGAAGAAUGCUUCAAGAAAGGAGCUAAGGUGGAGGUGAAUUUCAACGAGCCAGGGUUCAAGGGCUCAUGGUACACCGGCACCAUCCUCAACUCCGGCGGUAUCAUCAACACCAAGAGGCGGCCCAACAAGAUCCACAUUCAAUUCGACACCCUCUCCUCCAGCUCCGACCAUGCCCAAUUCCGUCCCCUUAAGGAGUUCGUCGACCUCAUCUUCGUCCGCCCUGCUCCGCCCAGAGAGGCCCGCCGCUCUUUCCAGCUCAGUGAAGAAGUCGACGCCUUCCAUAAAGAUGGCUGGUGGGAAGGCGUCGUCACCGCCGUCCAUCCUCCUCCUUCGGUCGGCAGCAUCAUCGCCGGUACGAGCUACUCUGUUUUCUUUCGGAGCACCCGGGAGCAGAUUCAGUUCCCGGAGUCGGAUCUUCGGCUGCACCGCGAGUGGGUCUACGGCAAAUGGGUUCCCCCUCUUGAAUCUUCUUCUUCUUCUUCUUCUACCUCUGUCCCUCCUUCCUCCUCCGCACGACUGAACUUAUAAUAGUAGUAGUAAUUACAAUCAUGAGAAACUCAGAAAUGUUUGGGGCUGAUCUUUUCACAAAUUUCGCCUGUGUGUGUGUCUGUGUGUGCGUGCUGCUGUUUAAUCUCGUAUCUUUCUUUCUCCUCUCCUUUGGGUUCUAAGUAAGUUCUAAUCGAAAUAGAGAAAAAUGUUUGAUGAGCAAAAAAUUGUAAAGAUUUCCUGUUGAUUUGGGAAGUUUCCACUUGUGUUUGCCCUGUUUUAAUGAGUUUUUUGCCCCUUAUUGUUUUUCUCUAUGAGUUGGGGCCAAUCAAUUACUAAACUAUAAUGCCGGAAUUGCAGAUGAGGAGAUGUGAAAUUUAGAUGUAAUUUUAAAAAGAGAACAACAACAAUCAAUCGAACAUAGCCUUAAGACUUAAGUGAUUCAUGGCUGCGAUUGAU